CUUAAAUAUUGUUCAUUACAUGAACAAAAUAUAUUUCUAACCUAAAAAUGUAUUGUCGUAUUUUGUUACAGUGAUCAACAAAUUUAUAUUCUACUAUAUUAAAUCGUUAUAUUAAAUCAUAAAAUUUAACAUGAAUUACGAGGAAGAGUCUUUACUUUUGGAAGACAAAAGUCGGGAGCAAAUACGAGAGGAAUUAAAACAUAUGAGUUUUGAGGACUUGCAGAAGUUAAAAGAAAAAUUAGGUACCAAAGUGUAUAAUCAGAGAGUACUUGGAAAAAAAUAUAAGAAGAAAACAGAAUUUAAGCGGGAAAAUAAGAACAGGCCAAGAGAAAUGUCUGCCAAAAAACCAGUUCCAAAAUAUAAACAAAUAACUGAAGUCAAAAAAGUUGUAUCUCGAGAUCCUAGAUUUGAUAGUUUAUGUGGUACAUUUGAUCAGAAGGCCUUCAAACGUUCUUAUGCAUUUAUUAAUAAAUUGCGAGAAAACGAUCUCAAAACUUUACAAAAAGAAUUGAAAGAAACUAUAGAUAAAAAAGUUGUGAAAAAGAUAAAAUAUCUCAUUCAGAGACUUGAAAAUCAGUUAAGAGAAGAAAAAAAGAGGAAGGAGAAAGAAGAAAAGAAAUUACAAGAAAAGAAAGAACUGCUACAAUCUUUUAAACGAGGAGAAAAGCCUGUUUUCAAGAAAAAAUCUGAUAAAAAGAUCUUAGAUUUAGUUUCACGGUAUGAAGAAUUGAAAAACACAGGUAAACUGAAUAAGCAUUUGCGACUGCAAGAAAAGAAUAAAUGCAAUGAUAAGCCAAAAUUGAAAAGAGACAGAACAAAAUGAAACGCGUUUAUACUUAAAUAAUAUAAGAGAUGUGUAAUUAUGUAAUAAAAUAUGUAAAUGUAA